GUGAAAUGGGAGCAAUUAGUCUGAAUGCACCACAUAAACGUGACAGCUUCGCUUCAAGACAAAAAAAAUAUAGUUACGGGAAGGAACAAAAUAUGGACUCGAGAAAACAGUAUUACAAGUGCCAAAAACGGACUAAGUGGGAGGAUAAUAAUAGCUGUGUGAAGGAUUUAAACCAUUAUAAAUUCUUUCUUUUUAAAAAUGACAUUUUUAAAAAUGAGUUAAGAAAUGGAAAAUUAAUUCCGCGGCCGGUGUUUCACGUAGCAAUAAAAUAUACUAUACUAACGUAUAUAUUAGCUAUACUUAUUUAUUGUAAUGGUGUUAACGGAACGCUGGUCGAGGAUUGGACCCCCAAAAUUCAAACGGGAUAUAGUCAUGACCAGAAAUUCUUAUCAACUGACGUAUCUGCCUCAUUAAAUUCUCUAAGUUUACGGAUGACACGGCAAGUGCUGAACUCUAUCCGUAUUGUUGGUGUACGUUUGGAAGAUGACUCAGUAGAGACCAUGGACGGAGUACCUAGCGUUCUAAUUGAUAAGGAACAAUUGUUUCGCGUUUUUGGAAGCGGCUUAAAAAAAAAUACUGUGAUUACAUUCACCAAUGAGGAAAACGAUUACGGUGGAUCGUGUUUAAAGCCAGCAACCGACUUGUUUUUCCCAUUAGAAGUUUCAAGUAAUGGCUAUUCAGCGACAUAUUCCGUUAAAUUUCCUUCGUCUAAAAGUGUAUUUUACGUUUGCGCAAAAAAUUCGGAGGAAAAAAGUACUCACAGCACUGCUGAAUCUACCGUACCCUUUGCUCAUCAAGGAAAUGCAGAAUGGAUGAAAAUUAAAACUCAUGAACCUUUAUUACCAGUUUGGAUUGCAAUAAUUAUAAUUGUAACGUGUCUUUGCUUCUCAGCUUUAUUUUCUGGCCUUAACUUGGGCUUGAUGGCUAUGGACCGCACAGAAUUAAAGAUACUGCGAAACACUGGUACCGACAAAGAAAAGAAAUAUGCUUCGAAAAUCGCACCUGUUCGUGACCAAGGUAAUUAUCUCUUGUGCAGUAUUCUCUUGGGUAAUGUGUUGGUUAACUCAACCUUUACGAUUCUGCUGGAUGGCUUGACCUCUGGACUCUUUGCUGUUAUAUUUUCAACAUUGGCAAUCGUCCUCUUUGGGGAAAUUACACCGCAGGCCGUUUGUUCAAGGCAUGGUUUGGCUAUUGGGGCAAAGACCAUAUUAAUAACAAAAACUGUUAUGGCCAUAACAGCACCACUUUCAUAUCCAGUUUCUCGAAUUCUCGACAAGUUAUUAGGUGAAGAAAUCGGAAAUGUUUAUAACAGAGAACGUUUAAAAGAACUUGUUAGAGUUACCAACGAUGUAAAUGAUCUUGAUAAAAAUGAGGUCAACAUCAUAUCUGGAGCUUUAGAGUUACGAAAAAAAACCGUUGCAGACGUAAUGACACAUAUAAAUGAUGCUUUUAUGCUUUCGUUAGAUGCAAUUCUAGAUUUUGAAACUGUAUCUGAUAUUAUGAAUUCUGGGUAUUCCCGUAUUCCCGUAUUUGAUGGCGACCGAAAAAACAUUGUAACGUUACUUUACAUUAAAGAUUUGGCUUUUGUUGAUACAGAUGAUAACACACCACUAAAAACUCUUUGUGAAUUUUAUCAAAAUCCAGUGCACUUUGUGUUUGAAGACUACACUUUAGAUAUUAUGUUUAACCAAUUCAAAGAAGGAACUAUAGGUCACAUAGCUUUUGUGCAUCGCGUUAAUAAUGAAGGAGAUGGCGAUCCGUUUUAUGAAACUGUCGGUUUGGUAACUUUAGAAGAUGUAAUUGAAGAAUUAAUUCAAGCAGAAAUUGUUGAUGAAACCGACGUUUUUGUUGAUAAUCGUACAAAAACCAGACGCAAUCGUUACAAAAAGGCAGAUUUUUCGGCGUUCGCUGAACGUCGUGAAGUCCAAGCAGUACGAAUAUCACCUCAAUUGACAUUGGCUACAUUUCAAUACUUAAGCACUGCUGUGGACGCGUUUAAAAAGGAUGUAAUUUCGGAGCCUAUCUUACGAAGACUUCUCAAUCAAGACGUUUUUCACAAUAUUAAAACAAAGGGAAAAUGUAAAGAAGACCCAAGUCUUUAUAUAUUCACGCAGGGAAAAGCCGUCGAUUUCUUUGUACUUAUUUUGGAAGGUCGAGUGGAGGUCACAAUUGGAAAGGAAGCGUUAAUGUUUGAAAGUGGCCCUUUUACUUAUUUUGGAACACAAGCUUUGGUUCCAAAUGUAGUCAUUGACUCUCCAACUCAAUUGGGAUCUUUGCAGUCCCUAAACAUGGAUUCAAAAAUUCGACAAUCCUUUGUACCUGAUUACUCUGUUCGAGCUAUAUCAGACGUUAUAUAUAUUGCUAUUAAACGGGUGUUGUAUCUUACGGCCAAAAAAGCAACUUUAUUAGAAAAGAGUCGUAAGUCUGGAACAUUUUCAAGUGAGACAUUUGACGAUGAAGUUGAACGACUAUUGCAUUCAAUAACGGAAGAUGAAAAGCCCCGAUUUGUAACAGGGUCUCAAAGUAUUACGCGACAAUCAAAGGCAAACAGAAGCCUAACUUCGUCUCCGACAAAUGUAUCCCAUGAAGAUAAAAGUGUGCCCCAUCGAAAAACGUCUGAGCAAACAGAUAACGCUUCAAUAAGUAGCUUAGUUAUUUCUGAACUGGCCGCUGAUCAAAAUGGAGAACAUGACGACAGAGAUACCACGGCUGCCUCUACACCCUUAUUGCCUAAAUUAGAAGAUUCCACGGAAAAAAAACUUUAAAAACAUUUAGAGUAUAUUUAACGCUCAUAAAAAAUAUAUGAAUUUCUUUUUUCUUUUUAGGUAGCUAUAAGCUUCCUAACUAUGGUGUUAAAUUUCCACGAAUGUAGUGUACCAAAUUGAAUUUUUGUAACUUGUUAUUAAUUAUUUUCUUCAACGUUUAUCCGUAAAAAUAGGGCAACUUGCUAUUGGAUUACAUACACCACUCAACAAAAAUAUAUUGUAAAUUUUGUAACAAAAAAAUGUUUGACCUUUAGUUACACAAAGUGAUUUUUCUGAAAUGCGUACUUAAUAAAAUGUUUUUUGUUGCUAUGGCUUGAAGUUCACAUUUUCCAAUCCCUUUUUAAAAAUUAUAAUAACUUGGUCAAGCCGAAGCCUUCGUUUGUAAACGUGAACUUGUGGGUUCAAAGUCAACCAAAAACUUAAUUAUAUACAUAAGUAAAAACAAUUAUAAAUCAGUUGGUAUAUUUAGCUUUGAAUUAAAAAUAUUAAUGUGAAAAAAUUUGUUUCUGUAAGCUAACUGUGAAUGUAUACACGCCUCAGCGCAAUUAUAUAAUUAAUUUUCUAUUGUUAUGUUUUGCUAGCAGCAAGCUUGAGUAUAAAAUUUAAAACUUAUUUUUUAAUGCACUUAAAUAACAAAUCAGGAUUUCGCAUUUGUUAAAACUGAAACCAUUUAUUAUAAAAUAAAAAAAUGACUAUGAGAAUAUGAA